AUGGCGCAGGAGCAUAAUCCAAAAUAUGACCCCAAUACGGAGGCAUUUCAGAUGCGAGCACAGUGGAAGAAAGUAGAAAUAUGCAAGAAACAAUGGUUUGAUCGGUGGAGUUGGCUACUUGACGAAAGAAGGCUGGUCGUGGAAGAGUCUGAUAAGGUACGUGCUGCAGCUGCAGACGCCUUUGGAAGAGAGAUUCCGAAGCUCGAUCUGACGAAAUCUCUAAAGCCAGUGCCGGUAACCUCGACUGGGUUUAUCGGAUGGCUGGGAUCUAAACCAGACUGUCAGCUGGAGAUUUAUACAUCAUGGCUUUCAAAAGUGCCAGUGAGAUUACCUGAUACGUGGGACAACAAAAACUAUAUGGGAUCACAGAAAGAGUAG